AAAUUUUUCUUUUCCAGUCAGACGGACGUAUAGCUGCAAGGAGGACGUAAUGUCGGAGAGCUGAGAAAAGCGCUUCAAUUUUUGAAAGCUGUUACAGUAGGAGAAGAAAGAAGAAAAAGAUCAAAGUGUGGCUAUAUUGUGAAUGGUAGCAUAUAAGUUAUCGCAUAAGGAGAAAAUCUUUGCCAAAAAAAGUGCAAAGGACGCAGCAGAAAUUUGAUGGUUACUAAUUGUGAUGCAUUGUAAUUAAUAAUUGAUCGAAUUUCCUGUUCUGUACUAAAUAAUCCAAGUGAAGAAAAAAUAGUGAUUGAGGACAUUUCCAUUGCUUGGAGGUGAAGCACCGUGACGUAUCCAAAAGAAAAAAAAAACUUGUGAUACGCAAAAGACUUUUCAACCACCUUCGAGGGUCUUUUAGCAUUGAGACUGUGUUUCGGUGGAUUGAAAAUUUAAUUUUGGACAGGACAAUAGUGAAAAAUUUGUGAGAAAGUUUCACAAAAGAAGGUCAUUUUUCCUUUUUGCAAAGAAAAUUUCUCUUUGCCCCCACCCCCGUGACACGGAUCGUAGUACAGUUUUACGCCGCUGCGUUGCGCUAAUGCGCACAGUUAGGGAAAACAGUGUGUAUGACAGGGACAGUCAUUUGAUGUCAAUGAAAGAGACAGGGACGGAUACAUGUUUUGGUAGUGAAAAACAAAGUCACCGAAAUACUACGAACAAUAUCUUCGGCAACUAUCGGAGGUGUUUUGUUCUGUGAUAAAAAAAAACAACAAAAUAAAAUAAAUUUUGGUAACCCAACGCUUUUUAUCACAAAAGUUAUUGUAUAAAAAUCGUGUGAUCCAACAAGACCACAUUUGGCCAUCCUCCGCGGGAGACCACAUCAAUUUUUAUGCAAAUAUCUCUUUGACAUCAAAUUCACCAUACAACAGCAUAAAAGGAAGGAGAACAUCACUUCAAGUUUAGAGAAGAAGAAGGAAAAAAAAACGUUGUAUACACACAACACAUUGCAUUUUUAUCCAAUAAGCCACAAAGAAAAUACAACAACAACAUUUAAUACCACAAGAGGAGUUUUAGUGAUUUAAGGGAGAAAGGAGCUGCGAUACAUUUACACAACACGUUCACGUGCGGCAAUUCCGAGGAUUUUUCAUUGUGGAGAAUUGCCGUGAAAAAAGAAAGACUACUGAAGAGUACAAAAGGUGCCAGGGUUUGUGAGACGAAGCCAGAAGCUGGAGAAGAAGAAAAAAUGACGAAUUCGCAGAAUAGGCCAAGUGGAGGGAGUCGCUACAGUGGCGGAGGGCAAUUCAGCCCACCGCAGCAUGGCCACAAUCAUCACCAUCCAAAGACACCGGGUAGUGGUGCAGCGGUGUCGACAUCGCCAAAUGGUGGCGCCCACAGCAAGGGUGGUAGUGCACGAAAAUCACGGAGUCAACGGUCACCGAGCGGCGUAACGUACUUCUCAAGUCACACAACGCUCUUCUUCACACCCGUGAAGACCAAGAAUCCGACCAACCAUGGUCUGUCUGUGACACCGACCGGUCAUCAUCAGAUGAGCUCAUCGCCACCCAAUUUGUCCCAUUUUGCUGGUAGCAAGUGCUACGAAGCCCCAGCCCCUACGGCCCUUCCACGGCCACCUGACCACUGGAAAUUGCCCGCGGGCAAGGGACCCCAGAAAACCACCAUCACCCCCGCAAAAUCCUGCGGUGGUGCCCUGAGCGAUGGCAAGAGUGACAUUUUCUCGCACAAUCUCAAGCUAUUGCUCAAUAUAAAGGCCUAACGGGAUGCAUCGGAAGUGUAAAGAGAGAGCCAAUAAGGACAAAUUCGUCAAGCUAUAUGGACACGAUUUGUAGCAAAAUGGAUAAAAGAAAAAAACGUGAGCUUUAGAUUGUAAGGAAUGAUGUGAAUUGAAGCUAUAAGAAGGCGACAAGAGUGCAGCCGUUUGACAAGUAAUUAUUUUUAUUUCUGUUCAAUUACUAUUUUUUUCUUUUUUUUAUAUAUAAAAUUUAUAACUACUUUAGUCCUGUUUACCAUUCAAAGAUUUUUUUUCUGUUCAAAUUUUUUUCUAAUAGUAUUUUUCAAUGAAAGAAAAAAUAUCAAAAUGGAUUUUACGUUCAGUGAUUGUGACAAAUUACCGAGCGAAAAAGCCAUUAAAUAAAAUAAAAUACUAUUAUUUAAUAAUUUGAAAUGGAUAACAAUUUACCUAUAAAUAUACAUUUUAUAUUUGUCCAGAGGAAAUUUUUUAAAACAACCCCAGAAGCAUUACUUGGAUGGAGAUGGAUGGAAGGAAAAAAAAUAUCGUUUUGUAUUGAAAAUUGAGCAAUUUUUCCCUCUUAAAUGAAUAUUUCAAAGAUCAAUUUUUUUUAACACAAAAUUUCUUGCACAAAUGACUUGUAAAAUUCAACAUAGUACGUGUAGUUUUAUCAAUAAGUCAACUUAUUGAUUUUACAUACAUUUAUCCCCAUAUUAUUUAUUAUUUUGUACAACAUUCAAACAUUGUGUUUAUAUUUAAAUUUCACAUUUUGAAAAGAAAAAAGUUUCUGGAUGAAAAAAAUUCUGUAAUUUGUCAAUCAAUUGGAUCAGAAUUAGACGAUUUUUAUAUAAAUAUAGAAAGAAUUAAAAAAAAAAACAGUCAACACGAAACGAAUACUAUUUUUCUUGUCAUUUUAAUAUUUAAAAAAAAACAAAUAUAAUACUUCACCAGUGUGCUUUUUGAGAAAGAACAACAAUCUUCGACAACCCAUAUUAGUGUUUCUUGCAAUGGAUGUUAUUCUUUGAGUUAUGCAAAACCACCUUAUUUGAUUAUAAAGAGAAAAAAUUAAUGAAGAAAAAUAGUGUCAGUAUUUGAAGUGAAUUUUGAUAUUGAAAAAAAGGGUAUCUCACAAAUAAAACUAGUUGAUCCUGUGAUAAUUGUAUAACUUUAAUAAGGACGACUUGUAACUUUACAUUUGAAGGAGAAGAAAAAAAGAGUUUGGCUGGAGGUAUAUUGGAUAGCAAAAAGGAAGAAGAUAGUCCUGGGUGCAUGAAAGAAGGGAAAAAAAUGGGAAGCAACAGAGCUUUCAAUUUUCUUUAAUUUUUUUCUAUCAUUGAACUUGAUUCUAAAGUCAAACUUGAAAUUUUUUAUCUUGAAAAAGCAUUUAAAAGAAUGUAUCAAAACAUGAUUUAAAGAUUUUAAAGUUUUUGACUUUAGAACUAGGUUCGCUUAUUUCCCACUGAAAAUUUUUAAACCAUUUCUAUUGUAGAAUAUUUAGUGGAAUUAAAUACAACACCUAUAGAAAAUAAAA